AUGUAUAUGAUGCUAUACGUGGUCUUUAGCCUAUUAAUAUGGAAUGGUGAUGUUGAAUGUUUGCAACUACGAGCUAAACUUGUGGGUACCCACAUUAUCUAUCGUCAUGGAGAUCGUUCUCCGAUAAGUCUAUAUCCAACAAGCAACAGUAGUCCUUCCUAUUGGCCUGGUGGUCUUGGUCAAUUAACGCCUCGAGGUCAACUUCAACAAAUUCGACUAGGACAAUAUUUACGGGAACGAUACUCUGAAUUGCUUAAUUUGACCUAUGUUGCCGCUGAAGUAACUGUUCGAAGUACAGACUUUGAUCGAACUCUCAUGUCGGCUUAUUCAAAUUUACUUGGGCUUUAUCCUACAUCAAAGAACAAGUUAGACGCCAUUCUACCAAAACUAGACGACGACGGAUGGCCACAAUAUUUACCUUGGCAGCCAAUACCUGUACAUACAGUACCAAGCGCUGAUGAUCAUGUACAUAAUAUGAGUCUUUUUAUUUCAAGUAAAUGUUUAGUUUAA